CGAUUGUGUGCAUGAUGUGCAUAUAAUUUACAUAAUUUUAACGAAACAGUACCGAACGGUGUGAAAGUGGAGAAGAAGAAGCAGAAGAAGAAGGGCGGCGUUAGGAAACCAGUUCUGAAGUUUGUUCGUUUGUUUUGUUUUUGUUUUCUGUUGCUGUUAUUGUGGAGGAUAAAGGUGACGAAGCAGAUGGGGGUUGGGCAGGGGUUAUAAUUGCAAGUGGUGAAACAAGUGGUCUGGGUAUUCGGGGUUUCGCUUUAUUAAAACCAAAAUUCUGUUUCUCACUCCUGGCUCCGCUGCUUGGCUGCGGCCAUGUCAUCUCUCUACACGUGGGAUUUUGACGGGAUUGCUUUUGCCGCAGACCGUCUUUCGUGGAGUAUCGCCAGAUUCGAAUUCGGUUGCGUAUCGACUUGAGGGAUCUUAGGUUCGUGGUUUACAUGGUAUACUUUCCUUUUAGUAACUGGGAAAUUUGGUGUCUCGGUCGGCGGAAGCUGAGUCAGAAUGUUCUAUCGUCCUUGGCUAUCUUGUCCAGGUUUCUGUGCUCCCCUGCGAGUCAUUUGCAACAUGAACAGGCGCAUGCGGAAGUUGUAGCUUUCGCGGGGUCGGAGUUUGAAGAUUCAUUUACUUGUUAGUAUUUUAUGUUUUCGGGUUCAGGGAGAAUCUCGUAUGGGACCCGAUAUCUAAUUUUUGCUGGGCCUAGAGUUGGGGAGUGGGGUGUCGUUUGUGUACUAUGUGUUUUUUGCUCAGAUUUUCCGGAGAUGUGUGGCAACUUGAGGACGGUGCCCAAGGGUUCGUUUAGUGAUUCCCAAUCUCUUUGUCCCUCCUGAGUUGAGGACGGUGCCCAAAUUUGAAGGUUGUCAGUGUAGAGAGUUGGAAAGUUCUGAAGAGUGGCAUUUAAUUAGAAGGUGUGGCAAAAGUACAGAAGGAAGUAUUGAAGCAUCAUGUCGUUUUUCUGCAUCUUUUUAUUUAGAUUGUUUUCCUCCAUGUUGUAAGAUUUUAUGUUACGGAUAUUAGUUUCUGGGGUCACACUGGGUUGACUAAGCGACAUCAGAUUUGAACCAUAGGAAGGUGCGAAAUUGACCAGGAGGUAAUUGAUGUAAGCACCCAAUUGGGAUUUUUGAAUCGCAGUGGCCAUGUCGGAUCGUAGUAUUUUGCAGCAAGUUUUGUUGCACUCAGAUGGAAGUGGCGAAAGCAGUAGUGGGCUUACACCUCUUUCCCUCCAGAAGCUUGGUUCUGAUCUUGAAACUCUCAUACGCAUACCUGAUCAGGAGUACAGUGACCUCACAAUUAUCCUAGAUGGAAAGCAAGUGCCAAUUCACAGGUGCAUAUUGGCAGCUAGGUGUCCGGGUAUACGAAAAGUUUUUUCCGAAAUGGGGGUAACUGGGGGAAACCGUAAACUAGAAUUAGAGUUCAGUACUAUUGUUGAGGAUGGGAAAAUAGGCUACGAUGCUUUUAUGGCUGUCAUGAGUUACGUUUACAGUGGGAAGAUGGAGCUCUGGCUGACUGGCAUUGCGUGUUAUGAUUCCACUUGCGUCCACAUAACAUGUCGACCAAUUAUUGACCACGUUUUGGAGGUUCUCCAGCUUUCGCUAUUACUCAACCUACCAGAAGUGACAACCGUUGCUGAGCAACAUCUUAUUGACCAUCUAGAAAAUUUUCAAGUGGAUGAUAUGCUACACGUUUAUCGAUCAACAGCUAUUUCCGAGUGUUCUGAGUUGAAAUCAAUGUACUUAACCGCAUUAGCAUCUUCUUCACUGGAUAAUCUAACAGCGGAGAAGGAGUUUUCUGGAGCAGCCCUGCAGCAAGUGAGAAGGUUUCCAAAGGAGUUAAGACCCGGCAUGCUUCACCUGUCGGCGUCACAAGAAAAGCAACGUAAACGGAUACACAGGGCUUUAGAUUCGGAUGAUAUAGAAUUGGUACAGCUGUUGCUAGAUGAGGGGAAGUUAGAUUUAAAUGAAGCUUGCGGACUUCAUUAUGCUGCUGCUUACUGUCAUCCUAGAACUUUGGCUCACUUGCUGGAGCUGGAUAUUGCAGAUGUAAACGUUCGAAAUGAGAGGGGUAUGACAGUUCUUCAUGUAGCUGCUUGGCGGAGGGACCCGCUGGCAAUUGCAAAACUUGUCGAGAAGGGUGCACAGUUGCAGGCUUUAACGUUGGAUAAUCAAACAGCUCUCGACAUCUCGAAGAGGUUGACUAGGAAAUUCAAUUUGGUUGGGGAGGAGAAUUUUAAAGACAGCCUCUGCGUAAGCAUUCUGCAGCAGGCAGAACGCUCUGUGGCAGUUCCUAACGCUGCUGCCGCUAUGCUAGAGCAACCGUGCACUGAGAAAGAUCUUAUGUCGAAGCUGCUUUAUCUUGAGAAUCGAGUGGCAUUGGCGCGAUUGCUGUAUCCUCGGGAAGCAGAUAUUGUAAUGGGUAUCUCACAUCUCGAUUCGUAUGCUACGUCCACUGAGAUUCUUAGGAAUUCUUCUGGAUCAGAAAUAACAAGUAGGAAGAGGAAAUCGUCAGUAGAACUCAACGAAGAGCCAACGAAGAGGUUGGCAGGUUUAGUAGGUGUAACUGUUGCGGAUCAAUCUAAAGAAAAUCGGUUGGAAUCAUUGAUUCGGAGGUGUAAAACUCUGCAGAAGGCUGCUGAAGUUGCACGCAAAUACUUUCCAUGCUAUUCGGCAGUCAUAGACAAAUAUGUGCUCGAUGACGACUAUGUUGAGCCUGAUGAAGAUUGCAGUGUUGAGGACCAGCUUGUGAAAAAGAAGCAUUUUGCAGAACUUAAGGGUAUAUUACAGGAUUGUUUCUCGAAAGGCAAGGUUGAGGAGAUCAAGAAGGCAAAAAAGCCAAUCGAAAAGCCGAUUGAAGAGCAAAGAAAUCCUCGUACACCAAAUCUUCCUUCUUCAUCUUCGUCCACAUCUUCUAGAGGUACGAGCGGUAGUAUGAUUUCGAAGGUUUAGUCAAUCGUGUAGGCGAGAUUCCGUUUCAAUAUUUUUGCGAAUACUACAGUGGCUUAUCUCACUGGAGGCAACUGAAGGAUUGGAGAUAUGAAGUACCGACCGAGGAAAUAUAGUGCUGAUCUUUAGGGACCUUCCAUGUCACGAACUGCAGUGCUUGGGAAAAAGUUUGGGCUAGAGGGUGUGGAGUCAAAAAGAUUCUGGUACAUUAAUCAACCAUAGCGUAGUGGCAUCUUUUUUUUGCACCUAGGUGAGAUUUCCAGAGGUAUUAAGCAUGUACAAUGAAUGGCAAUUGUCAGAUGUAAUAUAUCAGUGGAACUGGUUCUCCAUUUGAGAGGGAUAAUUUGACCACCUUUAAACUCGGA